AUGGCGGCCGUGCUUGAGGCCGCGCUUGCGGACCGGCUGGCGGCCAACCGGUCGAUGCAGAUGGAGCUCGAGGCCAUGGAAGCUCGCAUGAUGGCCUUCCUCAAGGAGACAGAGCUCUCUCUGUACCCUACUCUGGACGACGUGAGCUGCAAGUGCAUCCCCGAGCACCGCGUACCGCCAGGAGCCCUUGGCCGCCACUUGAAGCGCUGCCAUGGCAUUGACGACGAGCACCACACGUCCCACGAGUUCUUCUACGAGAAGAUGCCCCAUGUCGAGAACAUUCGCGCGACGAAGCCAGCUUCGGGCGAGACCACCCAGAGCCAUAUUCGAGAGCCCGCGGCCUUUGUCCCCGCGGCCGCUAGCACGACGCCCCAUUUUCUGCACAUGGACAAUGCAUACUUUGACGACGACGGGGUCACGGACGUCUCGACGACGACCGUGGACGACGAGGUCCACUCGCUCGUCGAGCGCUCUGGACGCGAGGCCAGCGAUAUUCCGACGGCGGUGCUUGCGAUGGCUGCGAACGCUGUCGACUUUUUCUCUUCGGCGCAGGCAUGGACGGCCAUUCCCCGCGCCUUCCAGCGCUUGGACACGAGCGCCUUCGUGGCCGAUACGAAGCGCUGGGUGCACGGCUACUUUCGCACACACUUGUCGGCGGACGAGAUGGACGAAGACCUCACCGACUACGUCCUCGGUCUCCUUGACCACCCGGACUUUUGCCAGCCCGACAUCCUGGUCGCCGAGCUGACCGAGUUUCUCGAAGAAAAAACCAGCGCGUUUGUGUUGGCGCUUUGGAAGUACUUGGCCGUCGAAGUCGCUCGCCGCAUGGUCUACAACGAUGCACGAUCGCAGGACGAGCUUCAGCUGCAAGCGCUCGUGCAAGUCGCGCCACCGCCAAAGCAGCCCAGCGUACCCACCCUCCCAGUCGUCACUGCAGCACCUUCCAACAAGCGCCGGCGCAUGUCGUAUCGCGCCAAGAACACAAAACGAAGCUACCACGAUGUUGUGCGCGAAAUGCUCGACCACCAAAUGGCUGACCUCGCGCAGCGUGACGGCUGGCAUCUCGCUGCCGCACCAGCAAGUGACAUUGCGCCCACGACAGCAACGCCCGUCGACCACGACGCAGAGAGUCGCCGCCGAGCGCUCAUGGCGCUGCGGGAUCCAUUGGACGUACGCAACUACGACCGAGACCAGGCGCCGUCGUCGGUCCCGCUCCCGAGAGGUCCGUCGGUCACGCUCCCGAGAGCUUCGUCGGUCCCGAUCGCGCGAGCCCCGGCGUCGAAAGCGCAGCCGGUCGCCGUCGCCCGAGCAUUCCUCGAAGCGGCGUCGGCGUAG